AUGGCCUCCACCACACCUCCACCAGCCUUCUCACGGGGUCUUCUGAAGGCCCGGCAGCUCCAGACGCGAUGCCUUAGUUGGAAGCAGAUCUGGAGCGACCUACAGGGCACAGUGCGCGGGCGCCCGGCCGGGGCUGGGGGGACGCCUUACGAGCCGACCGCGCACGUGCCCGCCGCCGCCCUCAACGCCGGAAGCGUCCACUCGCCUUCCACUAGCGUGGCGACAUCCUCCCAGUACCGUCAGCUGUUGAGUGACUAUGGGCCACCAUUGUUAGGCUAUACCCAGGGAACCCGGAACAGCCAGGUGCCUCAGAGCAAAUAUGCCGAGCUGCUAGCCAUCAUUGAGGAACUGGGAAAGGAGAUCAGACCCGCAUAUGCAGGGAGCAAGAGUGCCAUGGAGCGGCUCAAACGGGGCAUCCUCCACGCCCCAGGGCUGGUUCGGGAGUGCUUGGCUGAGACAGAACGCAAUGCCAGGUCCUAG